CUCCUCCUCAAUCUCUUGAACCGCUUCGACAAAAUAUUGUAUUGGUUGAUUAUCUUAUGUCACUCUAUUUCCCUCCUUGAGAGGGUCAUUUGAACAUUCGAUUAAUUAAUCAUCCAAUCAUUAAAAGGUUUUAUUCAUUUGUGCAAGAUUAGCAUAAACAAGUCAAGCUCUCAGUCAUAUUUUACAUCUACCUAGGUAUUCUGGGUACUUAACUCUCAAGAUGUUCGCUCUUCUUUCUUACGCUACAAAUCUUUCGAUAAUCUAUACCGUCCUCACUCUAUCUCUCUACAUGCUCUCUCCUAUUGUGCCCCUCGCGGGUUUCUUCGCUCGUCUCCUCGCCGGUUAUAUUUCCCUCGUCCUUUGCGCCUGUUAUGGAGUCUUCAUAUCGAUUCUCCUACGUCUCGUAGGAAACUAUCGCAUAUCGCAAUGGGCCGUCGCUCGCGCAUUUAAAUGGACAAUGUGGUUAACUACCGGCGUAACAUUUGUCGUCGAAGAUCCGAACAAUUAUCUCGGUACAACACGUCCUGCAGUCUUGAUAGGAAAUCAUCAAACCGAACUCGACGUACUUAUGUUGGGCUGUGUAUUCCCUCGAUACUGUUCCGUUACUGCGAAGAAGAGUUUGAAGAAUGUGCCGUUCCUAGGCUGGUUCAUGAGUUUGAGUGGAACGGUAUUUAUUGAUCGUGGUAAUGCGAAAGAUGCGCGACAGGCUAUGGCGGGUGCAGCAAAGGAAAUUCGAGAGGAAAAACAAAAUGUUUACAUGUUUCCGGAGGGAACGAGAAGUUAUGCAAAGGAUCCGACUCUAUUGCCUUUUAAGAAAGGAGCUUUUCAUUUGGCGGUUCAAGCGGGUGUGCCGAUUAUACCGGUCGUAGUCGCUUGUUACAGUAAUGUUUUGCACGUCCAGAGCUGGCACUUCAAAUCGGGGAGGAUACCGGUCAAAGUUUUGAAACCAAUCGAGACGAAAAAUCUUACUUCUGCGGACGUCGAAGAUUUGGCGAGAGAUACGAGGGAAUUGAUGUUGAGGGAGUUGGUUGCUUUGACUUCGAAGACAGAGGGAAAGCCAAUAGCUAUGCCGGCACAAAAUGCGGAUGGAGUUGUGAAAGCUAGUGGAAGGGAGCCGCAAGUGGAGCAUCAUAUACUAUGAGGACUUAUAUGCUGUGAAGGAAGGGGCCGAUCCUUGAAUGUAGAUGGAUAGCUACAGGACCGGGUAGAUUUCCGCAUGGAAGAGAGAUGACACAAGAAAAAUGGGUGGGUUGUACGGAAACGGAACACAAAGGGAAAGAUGGGGAGUGGAAACAGGUCAUGGAACAUGAGAUAUGAUAUUCAGCACGCGAAAAGAUUUUCUCUUGCAUGAGUUUGGAGUACAUGGACAUGGAAUAUCAGUGCGAAUGCGAAAAUUUGAAAUUCAGAUAGUGGUAGAUACCCGAUAGAAUUGGAAUUUGAUCUGAAGAACAAGAUGGAUGUCGUUAUGAAAUUCUAUACUGCACAGGAAUUUGGAUGAUGCAUGGCCUAGAGUUCAAGUUCAAAUUCAAGUGGGAGUUCCAGUUCGAUGUCCAAUAUUCAAGGUGACCCCGCUCUCCCACCCCAUAGGUAUUUAUCCUGGUCUUCCGCCUUACCUUCGUUAUCUUCAUUUGACGUUUUUGCUGCGCCGAAGACUGUUUCUCUUCUUGCAUGGUUUGCAAAUCUAGAGGCUACUAUUCCGUGUUCUUUGCUAGAUACUAGGUGGUUUAUUGGAUUUGAUAAAUGCGAUUCGUGUGAGAUGAAUGAGUAGUUCUGUAUAUGAAGUCUAGAUUUCCACUUUGAUGUGGGAUUGGAGAUGGAGGUUGGAGAGUGAGAGUGAGAGAUGGAGGGAAAAGAAGGAAACAUGAGGGAUAUGGGAAGAGGAAGGCAAAAUAGUGAUGGUGUGGAAAGGCAGGAAAACAGGAUUGAGGUGAGAGCGGUUCGCGACUUUCGUAAAUUGCAAGUUUUCCCUGGUAUUUUGAAGCAAGUUUGGAAAGUUUCGAUGUUUGAGAUGUGCCGUCGCAGAUGAAUGGGUUACCUAGUAAUUAGAUUAAGAUUGGCUAUUCUCCUUGCGGUAUAUCUAUUGUUGAAGUCAAAUUUCGGACUGAGCGUGCUGUUGAUGAAGAUGAAGAGAAAUGGUGUUGUGAUGAUUAUUGCCCGUGAAGAACUCUGAAGAGAUG